AUGGAUGUGGCAUCAGCAAUAGUAGGCCUACUCGGCGUGGGCGCUCAGGUCUACAGCACCCUGAACACGUUCGUCUCUACAUGCCAGGAUGCCCCAUUUAUCGCUCAUACUACACGGGACGAAGUUCGUGACUUCCAUUACGCUCUUGACAGGCUCAGACAUUAUGUAUGGCAAAGAGAGCAGAUAACCCCAUUAGGAAGAGCGACGACCGACACGACCCAACUUAGACUUACCGUGGCAUCCUCUAUGGCUACAUUUAACCAAGUAGAGAAGAUUCUGAAUCGAUUAUUGGUACAAUCAAAGAUGGACUACAUACAGCGCAUCCGAUGGGCGUUGUCCGAUGGUGACCUCGCUAAACUCCUUACGCGCAUUCAGCAGCAUAAAGUGACACUAAUUCUUCUCCUCACAAUAUGGUCGAGCGACUCAUCUGCGCAAGCUGAGGCCUCGAAUGACCUCUUAAAUGACACCUUAACACGUCUUCUGGAUCGGGGGUAUCGGGGCCCAUCGCAACCCCCCGAUCUAUCAAUCUAUAAUAACGUUUUAUACGGCAACGCCUCUGGAAAUAUUUCCCACACAUCAAUCUCAGGCUCCAAUAUGGCAGUUGGAGAUGCUAGGUCCCUGAUGACUGUUGGUAGGACCGUUAGCCUUCGGUCGGUGAAUUCUUUGACAUCAAAACUGCGAAACACCAGACCAUACGCCAGUAUCAAAGCUUUCGAUAGUUCGGCCCAGUCUGUACUUACAUCCGAACGGGCAACUCCAUGGUCCGAAUUUACAAUUGGGUCCAAUGCGUCGGUAUUUGCUUUACCAUUUACCGCUAGCUGGUUAGACCUAGAUACAAAGAAGAUUUCUGAGGUGAAAGAAUUACCUCGGGUAUUCUUGCCGAUAGAUGGGAUGACAUUUUACAACGACUGGCGAUACCCGGAAAUCAAUAGCUCAUUAGAAUUCCCGACGGGAGGUCUAUGCAUCCUUCUAUCGAUUUUCGGGCUUAAAGCCAAAAAUCCGAGAACUGGGACGAACGAAUCCGGACAUCCACCGACCGCCUCGAAAUACAAAAUAUCACCAUCGCUUCCCCGAAGCCUGAGCCAGGACCUUGCUCGCCAUGUCAGCGGUGGUGGAGAACUUUCAACCUUUCUAAAUGCAAAGCUACUGUCAGGCAUCACUCAGAACGAUUUACAGUCGAUAGACCUACUCUUGUCUUGGAGUUCUCAAAAACGAUUUGGCCCUUCUAUUGGAGAUGAGUUAGCGGAUGCAUUUAGAGAGGUAGUCUACAACGGAAAUAUACCUAUGGCUGAGCUAUUCGUAGACUGGGGAGCGUGCAUUGAGGUCCUUCACAGAGAACCAGACCACAGGAUCUUUGAGUUUGCGCUCAAAUCGCCUCAGCUCGAUCUUAUCGAACUGUUCCUUAUCCACGGAGUAGACGGUGAGAAGGGCUAUGGGAACCCGCCCUGUACACCACUGCAGGGGGCCGCUAUCGAUGCACGUCAUGGCCUUGCGAAGUUGCUCCUGGAUAGGGGCGUGAACAUUGAAGGAAGCUGCGAGGAGGAGCAUAGGACACCGCUAGAAUUAGCCAUCGAAGCUGGUAACUACGAGAUGAUCACUUUGCUCCUCGACCGUGGAGCAAACCCUGAGAAGGCCGGCCACGGUAUUCCACCAUGUACACCAUUGCAAGCAGCGGCGAUGGGGCGGGUCGGUUACUCUAUUGACCUUGCUAAAUUUCUCCUAGACCGGGGUGUGAGUAUCGAAGGGAGUUCAGAGGAGGAUCGGAGGACACCCCUAGAAAUAGCCCUCGACAGUGGAAAUUACGAUAUGAUCAUUGUGCUUCUCGGCCGUGGAGCAAACACUCAGAGGGCUGGCUACGAGGAGCCGUCCUAUAGCCCAUUGCAAGUAGCGACUAUGUCACGAUUCGAUAAAUGCCUUGGCUUUGCGCAGUUACUCCUUGAUAGGGGCGUGAACGUCGAAGAGUGCUGUCAGGAGGAGCGUAGAACACCUCUAGAAUUAGCCAUCGAAGCUGGUAACUACGAGAUGAUCACUUUGCUCCUCGACCGUGGAGCAAACGCUGAGAAGGCUGGUCAUGGUAUUCCACCAUGUACACCUUUACAGACAGCGGCGAUGGGGCGAUACCCUCAUCGCCCUGAGCUUGCACAGUUUCUUUUGGGGCGAGGGGUGAAUAUAGAAGGUAACUGCAAGGAAGAGCCUAAGAAACCUCUAGAACUAGCAAUCGAGGCUGGCGACUACAGGAUGACCAGGGUGCUACUCGACCAUGGAGCGAAUCCCGAGAAGGGUUACGGCAAGCCACCACUGACACCAUUACAAGCAGCGGCCCUGGGGCGAUACCCUCAUCGCCCUGAGCUUGCACAGUUUCUUUUGGGGCGAGGGGUGAAUAUAGAAGGUAACUGCAAGGAAGAGCCUAAGAAACCUCUAGAACUAGCAAUCGAGGCUGGCGACUACAGGAUGACCAGGGUGCUACUCGACCAUGGAGCGAAUCCCGAGAAGGGUUACGGCAAGCCACCACUGACACCAUUACAAGCAGCCGCCCUGGGGCGAUACCCUCAUCGCCCUGAGCUUGCACAGUUUCUUUUGGGGCGAGGGGUGAAUAUAGAGGGGAACUGCAAAGAAGAGCGUAAGAAACCUCUAGAACUAGCAAUCGAGGCUGGCAACUAUAAGAUGCUCAGCGUGCUGCUCGACCAUGGAGCAAACCCUGACAAGGGCUACGGCAACCCGCGCUGUACACCAUUGCAGAAAGCCGCUAUUGGACUCCACGAUGAUCCCCUUACCUUUGCGCGGUUUCUUUUGGACCGGAGAGUCAAUAUUGAAGGGAGUUGCAAGGAGGAAUCUAAGACUCCACUACAAUUAGCCAUUCUGUAUGGUAGUAGCGAGAUGAUCUCGAUGCUGCUCGAUCGUGGAGCAAACCCUGACAAGGGCUAUCCAUACACAGCACUACAGGCAGCCGCUACGGGAACAAUCGAUAAUUCUUUGCACAUUGCGCAGCUGCUGUUGGCUGGGAGGGCGAAUAUUGAGAGUCAUACAGCCAAGGAGCCUAGGACACCCUUACAAAUUUCAAUCGACAAUAAAGACCACGCAAUGAUCGACCUUUUCCUUGCGUGCGGAGCAGAUAUCAAUAAGUACUACGGGCAGCCGAUAGGUACCGCCUUGCAAAAAGCGAUUGACAAGGAAGACCACCCUAUGAUCCAGAGACUCCUAGAACAUGGAGCGAAUACCGAGAAGGGAUACGGUAAUCCUAAACGCACACCUCUACAGGCAAUUGCCAAGAUGCAACGUCCCAGUUUCGUACCCAUUGCAAGGAUGCUGGUAAAUUGGGGAGCUGUCAUCGAUGGACGCACCGACAAUAUGCCUAGAACACCCUUGGAACUAGCCAUCGAAAUGAGAAAUGUGCCGAUUGCUCUGUUUCUUAUCCACGCAGGGGCAAAGGUUGAAGGGUAUCACGAUACAUCGUCUAUGGUACCCAUGCAGCUCGCUGCAAAAUACGGAGAUGGAAAGAUUGUUACAAAGCUUCUAGACCAGGGCGCAAACAUCGACAGAUGUACCAAGCAGGUACCUAGCACACCAUUACAGAUUGCAGUUCAGAUGGAGAGUGAGGAAGUGGUCCGUGUUUUAACACGUCGGGGAGCAAAUGUAGAAUCGCGCUGUGAAGGCAGUCCGAAAACAGCAUUGCAGAUUGCGGUUGAAAUGAAAUCGAAGAACAUUGUUCGGAUUCUUUUGAAGGCAGGAGCAAAACAGCAGGGUUGUACUCGAGAAUAUAUGUGUCCCAUACACAUGGCGCUAGUUGCCGGGUCAGAGGAGCUUCUGGAGAUACUUUCAGCUAAAGGCGUUAAUCCUGCGGUGGUGUGUGAUCAAUAUCUGACCGAUCAUUACGCGGUGUACUUGGUUGAUUAA